AUGUUGCAAAAUUUAAAUGUUCCACCUUUAUUCUCUAUUAAUAGAGAAGAAAUACUUAAACCUGUUCAAUAAGCAUAGGUAGAGCAGGUACCAACCAAAUAAACUGUUGAAAUUAAAGAAAUUGAUUUAAAUAUACCAAAUAAAACUUUAUAUAUCAAUAGAUUAAAUGAGAAAGUGACAGCAGAAGAAAUGAGAUAAACAUUAUAUGCAUUAUUUUCAUAAAGUGGAAAAGUGCUUGAUAUAAUUGUCAAAAAAAAUAUUUUAAUGAGAGGACAGGCUUUUAUUUUAAUGGAAGAUGAAGAUUCGGCAAUAAAAGCUCAAAAAGCAUUUCAUAAUACUUAAUUGUAUGAUAAAGUUAUGGUAAGACUAAGUUUGAUGAUUAGAAAGUGAAUUUUGCUAAAGAAAAAUCAUACUAUAUUUCAAAAGGAGAUUAUGAAGAAAAAGAGAAGUUGCCUAUGAGUGAUAAAAUAAAAGAACAUAAAAAGAGAAUUCAAGAUAAAAGAUAAAGAGAAAUGAUAAAUUAGAAAUAAUAAAGAGAAGCACCAACUAUAUCUAUGCCUUUAACAAUGAAUUAAGUCUAUACUGGAACUAGCAAUAAAAUAAAAGUAUUAUUAUAUUUUUAAUUCUUCGAUUCCAAAUUAACCAAAUAAAGUCUUAUUUGUUGAA